GAAAGCAAGCUCUUUGUGGAGAAUAAAGACUUUCAGAAAGACUUUUCCUGCCCUCUUCUACACCAUAGUUCUACAUUAGCACACUUGAAUAUUAAAUACCUCUAUUGCACAACAGAUAGAUGUAGACAGAUGAAUUUCCCCCGGGGAAAUUCUUUUGCAUGGCUCGGGAAUCUGGCCCAGAGCUCCCACAGGAGAAAUGGGAGUUCUGCCACUGAGGCCCAAGCAACACAAUUUAUGCUCAGUUCAAGUUAAUUACAUGUACAGAUUCUAAAUUACAAACAGAACAUUACUUGACCACUUUAAAUGUUUGUUUUUUGUGUUUGUUCUGAUCCACUAAUCUUGGGGUUUGUGGAUUCGGUUCUACCAUCCAAAUUAGUCAAAUGCCAAGUGAACACAAAGUCAUUUGAUCCACUGCUCUUGGAGAUGUUGUGAAGUAGUUUGAUGGUUUUGCAUAGUGAAUUAGAAAAGAUUGGGAGAAAUUUAGCUUUACAUCACUUGCACAAGUGGAUCCUAUGCAGUGAAUGGGUGCUGUCAGAAUGAGAGUCCAAACAGAUUAUAAAAAAAUGUCACAUUUCCUAAUUCGCUUCUCCUCUAUCGUUUCCAACGGAGCGAGUGUCAAAUCAAUUUUACAUCAGAAGAGGAUAUUUGUAGGGAUUCGGCUGAUGUCUCCAACCAAGGGUUUGCAGUCAUUGACACGUUAUGACCAGUCCACAGUGACUCCAGAACAGUAUGUUGUUACAAGAGAAAAAGGCACAGAGGUGCCAUUCAGUUAAUUCUCACAAAAUCACAAUGAGGUGGGCAUGGACCAUUGUGUUUGCUGUGACUCCCCUCUUUUUAGCUCAGAAGUGAAAUAUGAUCCAGGAACUGGGUGGCCGUCCUACUAUGAGGCUCACGGGACAUGGGAAAAAGAUGAGAGUCACGCCAACAUACGCCCUGAUAACUCACUUGGUAGCACAGGAACAGAGAUUAUCUGCAAACAUUGUGAUGCCCAUCUUGGACAAGUCUUUGAUGAUGGUCCAGUUCCUACUGGCCAGCGAUUCUGCAUCAACAGUGUUGCUCUGAACUUCAAGCCCAGAGAGAAAUAAUGUAGAGACAUCCAUAUAUCUCUGGACAGUAUUUUACACUUGUUCCAUGCAAAUAAAGAAAACAAAUAGGAUUUGAAUAACAAAUGUCCACUGUGGUAUGCUAUGAAUUACAGUGGGUGAUUGCUUUCUAUGAAUAGUUUUUAAAAGUACCAUUUUUUUUCUUAGUGUAAAGAACAUUUUAAAAUUCUAAAGAACCUUUUCCACUGUAAAGAACCUACUGGAAGGGUUCCAUAGAUGUUAACAGUUCUUAUUGGAACCAGAUGGCAAUAAAAAAACGUUCUUUUUAAGAAUGUGGUUGAUAAAACAUCCCAUAAGAAAGUGUCAUUAUGUUCCUGUGCACUGUAAUUAUGAUCGCUUGUAUUUUUGCAUACUGCUAAUCUGAGUGCACACACUGUAUGACAAAAUAAAAAAGACAUAUCAGUUUCUUUUAAAGUGAACAUUGCCAAAAAUGUGUAUUUGUGUGGGUUUUUCUAGUUAAUGAUAAACCUGAGUAGAGGGUCAUCAUCCAAAUCUGUGUUGGGCAACACUGGACAGCUGACUGACUCAUAUUAACAAACUUUUAACAGCUGUUGGGGAAGAUUGGUAUACAGUGAAGCAACACGUUAAAAAGAACCGAUUUCAUGGUUUGCUUCUGGCUGCAUUUGUUCUUCGUGAUCACAUGGCUCAGUUUCUGGGAGCCUGCUGAGGCACGAAGAGCACGGUUUAAACCAACACUACAGAAGCCAAAGAAAUCAGAGGCAGAAAAGACUGCUGAAAAACUAGCGCCAGGUCAGAACAUCAACAUUGAGCAGGGUUCUGUGAGUCCACAGAAAAUGUCCUUGAUCCGACCUAAGACUGACUAGCCAGCAUCUUGUGAGCACUGUGAGAAAGCAUUGUGCUAAGAAUUUCACCAAUAAACUGAAUUUGUAAUUUCAAGGUUUUGUGUGUUUUAACUUUACAUUUUCCAGUUUGAUCAUGAACAAUAGCAUUCAAUGUAAAAGGAACCAAUAGACACUUAAGAAAAGCACAUCCCCCUAAUCUUCAGUUGAUUUGGGUUACAUCCUUGCUAAUAAGUAUCGAAAGUGGUGAUUUUGCUCAAGCCAUUGAUGUGACAGAAGAGCACUUAUACAACAAGGCAAAGGCAUCUUGAUGAGGUUAGUGCGGUUUGUGAUGUAACCCUCAACACAAGACUCUGCCUGCCCACACUUUCAGAGUUACACAACACAAGGGGUAAACAUGUUACAUAUCCAACAUUCCAAAAAAUAUCCAAAGGUAAUCAUUUUCAUAUGAAAAAACAUCUAACACAUGAACUAGAUUUAUUUUUAUUCAGCAAGCAUGCUUUAAAUUGAUCAAAAGUGACAGCAAAAA